UCUUCAAGAGGUGUCAAUGGAGGUUGCAUGCCUCCCCAAUGAGGAAUAGCAGAAUCAUUCAAGUCAAAGUGAACCCGCAUCGUCACUCUUGUCCAAGUGCUGAAAGGAAAGCAUCAUUGAAGUUGUGUAAGAGUAGGUGGUGUGGUGAUGUAGUGUUGCCAUGGGUGACAGAGAAUCCAUCUAUUGGCCCCACUGAAUUAGUGAAGAAAAUCAAAGAGAAGUAUAGUGUUGAGGUCCCUUACAUGAGGGUAUUCUAUGGAAAAGAACAGGCUCUGGACAUGAUUUAUGGUCCUUGGCAAGAAAGUUUCAAGUUGCUCUACACUUACAAAGCUGAAGUGGAGAAGGCAUGCCCUGGGAGUGUGGUAGAGAUUGACCACCAUAAAGUGCAGUACAAGGUGAAAGGCAAGAUUAGGGAAAAGGAAUGUUUUAGGAGAAUGUUUAUUUCAUAUAUGGCAUGUUGGAAGGGGUUUCUAGAUGGAUGUAGACCCUAUUUGGCAGUGGAUGCAACUUCUUUAAAUGGAAGAUAUAGAGGACAACUUGUGGCUGCAUGUGCAAUCGAUGCACAUAAUUGGUUGUUUCCGGUUGCUUACGGCGUAGUUGAGGCGGAAACAACCGAAAGUUGGACUUGGUUUCUUGAGCACUUACGUGCAGUUAUUGGGCAUCCUGAUGGUUUGACUAUCCAUACUGAUGCUUGCAAGGGCUUAGAGUUAGCAGUUGAUAUAGUUUUUCCUGGAGUGGAACAUAGGGAAUGCAUGAGGCAUCUUGCUUCAAAUUUCAGCAAGUACUACAAGGGCAAGAUAUAUGAUGACAACCUAUGGCCAGCAUCUUUGACUUAUAGCCUAAAAAAGCAUAACUUCCAUGUGAAUCAGAUAUAUGCAAAGCCAGAGGUGAAGGCAUACAUGGAAGCUGAGCACCGGAAAAUAUGGGCUAGAAGCAAGUUUAGUGAAAAAUGCAAGGUAGACUAUGUGAAUAAUAACCUUGCUGAGUCUUUUAAUUCAUGGAUUAGACACAUUAAAGGGUAUCAGCUAAUUGACUUGAUAGAUAGGAUUAGGCAGAUGCUUAUGGCCAAGUUUGAGUUGCGUCAAAGAAUUGCUUCUGAAAAAUUUGUUGGCCACAGAAUAAUCCCGCAAGUGAUGAAGGAACUACACCAGAACACUAGACAAUUGAAGAUGACUUUGCUCAAGCGCAAGCCUUUGGCGGCAGAGGUGACAGUGCUGGAUAAGAAAAAGAGAGAAUUUAGAUAUCCAGUGGACUUGGAAAAGAGGACAUGUACUUGUAGAAAGUGGCAGAUGACCGGGUUGCCGUGCACCCAUGCCCUCUUCUUCAUUACUUCUCUUCGUGGUUUAGCUGCAGAAAUAGAUCAGUAUGUACAUGAGUACUACUCAGUGGCCAAGUUUAAUGCAACCUAUGCUGAAAAUGUACCUUCUAUAGAGGCAAAGCAUCAGUGGGACAUUGUUGAUCCAGGUUUCGUGAUGCAUCCUCCAAUUCAAGGAAGAGCACCGGGAAGACCAAAAAAAGUUAGAAUCAGAUCAAGUGUUGAGGGAGCUGGACUUGGGCCUAGAAAGCGAAAAUGCAGGAGAUGUGGCAGAUUUGGACACAUUGCUAGAAAUUGUAAAAAUGCAGUUGAUCCAUCUUUUGGAGAAGAAGGGCAUGAGGAAGAAGAAAAUACAGUAGAGGCACAAGAUGGACCCUCUAGGGCAAGGAGUGCACCCAAAGGGAAGAAAGGGAAGGUAGGAACUGAAGAAAGAUUGGAGAAAAACUCUAGGUAAUAUUGGC